CAUAUUUUUCAUUAACCGGCUGGUGAGACUUACAAACACAGAGACACACACAUGCACAGAUGUGUGUCUUCUCAUUUUAGUUUAGUCUAAUCCAGUGUAUAGAAGAUAACUGAAGACACAAUUUGUACGAGAAUCACCACAGGGACAGCAGAGAGAACAUUACAGACAUCCAACAAGAGUCAUGUGGGCCAUAUUCACCUUAAUACUAGCCUUCUCCAGUGGCACACUUUCACUGGACAAACUCAACAUGUGCAUGGACGCCAAGCACCACAAAACAAGUCCUGGACCUGAGGGUCUACUCUACAAUCAGUGUGCGCCCUGGAAAAAUAAUGCAUGUUGCACAGCCAACACCAGCGAGGAGGCCCACAGUGACAACUCCUACCUGUACAACUUCAACUGGAAUCACUGUGGUUCCAUGAGCCCAAAAUGCAAGAAGCAUUUCAUCCAGGACACUUGCUUCUACGAGUGUUCACCACACUUGGGCCCCUGGAUACAAGAAGUGGAUCAGAGCUGGCGCAAGGAGCGCAUAGUGGAUGUCCCCCUAUGUAUGGAGGAUUGCCACAGCUGGUGGGAGGACUGUAAAGAUGAUUUCACCUGCAAGUCUGACUGGCACACGGGAUGGAACUGGAAUUCAGGUUUUAAUCACUGCCCUGCUGGUGCCAAGUGCAGAAAGUGGACUGAUUUUUACCCCACACCCAAGUCUAUGUGUGAACAAAUUUGGUCCAACUCCUACUUGUACACCACCCACAGCAAAACCUCUGGCCGCUGCAUGCAGCUGUGGUUCUCUGGAGAAAAUCCCAACCGAAAAGUAGCCGAGUAUUACCUCAACAGUGCACUGCAAAUGCCGAGCUUUACCUUGACAUCAAUCCUUUCCCUGGCUGCUGCGUCUCUGGCUAUGACGAUGUCCUAAAAUAAAAUCCGAUAAACACGAUAAC